GUAUUUGUUGUUGUUUUCGUUCAGCAGAGUCAACCAGUCGACAUCUUUUAAAUAGAUCGCAUUCGCGUACGUUAUGACUGAAUUUUGAGCUAACAAUUUUCUUUUGAGAAACUUGACGACACAAGGGACCAGUUGGGUUUAUCUGUAUUUGUCCCGUUUUGAGUAAAACCUGUUUUUGUCCUUCUUAAAAGAUGGGCAGUCAGUACCAGCGCUCAGUACCACUGGAGGUGAGGAGAGCAGAGGGAGAGAGAGUUCGGGCCAAGCAUCCUGACAAGAUACCGAUCAUUGUGGAGAGAGCCCCAAGGUCACGAGCUCCUGAACUGGACAAGAAGAAAUACCUAGUGCCCUCAGAUUUAACAGUGGGGCAGUUGUGCUUCUUGAUCCGUCAGCGUGUGUCUUUGAGACCGGAGGAGGCACUCUUCUUCUUCGUCAACAACUCCCUUCCCCCAUCCAGCUCCCCUCUCUCUGCUGUAUAUGAGGAGCAUCACGAAGAGGACCUGUUUCUCUACAUGACCUACAGUAAUGAGAGUGUGUACGGUGCCUGAAGGUGGACAAAAAGACUGGAGAAAGAGAGAGACAGAAGAGAGAAUGAGAGGAGUCAAAGUAAAACUGUCUGAGGAAUAAAGAGUUAAGGCUGUUUGUAAUGCUUCACACCACUAUUAUUCUUUUUUAUUAGUUUUGAUACAGUAACUACAGUACAUGGUGGAAGAAAGGCUUUGCACAAGGCAGAGGGUUGGUGGUAGGAUUUACCUUUGUCAGUAUUUCGGGGUGAGCGUGAUGCAUUUUAUUACACUUGAAGUUAUGUUGAUUCCUGGAAUCAACAUAACUUCAAUUGUUUCUGUAAAUUGAAAAGAAAGAGGAAGGGUGAAAAGAAAGAAAGAAUACAUCACAAAAGGAAGUUAUCGAAAUCAUGUUGAGGGAGCUCUCGUCAUCUUUCUCAGUCAUCUGUAUUUAAUGCAAAUAGUUUUUUUUGUAAAUUAAUAUCAUAAACUUUUGUGGAAAAUAAAGAUUAAAAUGCA